CGACUUCCGUAACCUAUAGAUUGCUCCUCACUCGACCAUCUAUCCUCGCGAAGCAAGCCUUCAGCCAUGGUGAUGCUUGUCUGAGCAUACCAUAAUGAAGCUGGACUUUUCGCUCCGACCAUGGAUCAUUGGGGCGACCCUUGGGCUGACGACUCCGACGACAUCAACAACUCCCAGUCUCCACCGAAGCGCGACAAGGUGACUGAAGCGAUUGACUCUCCACCACCGACUACCACAAGUGCGCCUGUACUUUUGAAUGCUUUCUUGGACGAUGCACAAUGGGGGGAUCCGGAAGAGGAUGGGGACUUCGGAGGCUGGGCUACAUCUGCGCCCGUGAGAUCUUCGAACCAGCCGGAUACACGCGCAAAUGAGGUGGAUGCCACAGCGUUUACGGUAGAGACCGACAAUACUAGUCACUAUGACAGUGAGGCUCCAAAGCAUACUUUCGAGGUUGGCGACGAGGGUUGGGGCACAACGAACACGACAUCAGGGGAGGAGGCAUUACGGGAUGUCGACAAUGUGUUUUCAGAAGCGUCAGAUUCCGCAACGACCAUACAACCCGAGGAACCCUCACAGGCGAUCCCGAACGAUUCUGCGAGCGACAGCGUGCGCCAUGGGGACGAUUUCUCUACCCGACCGUCGACUUCUCCAUCCGACACCAGCCAUCGCGACGCGUUAGUCGAAUCGCCACGGACAUCGUUCGAAGACGAACGUCACGGAACCGACGUCCCGGCCACUGAAGAUUCAACACAUACUGAAGUUGAGAAGGAGAAGGAUCAACAUGAGGACAUAUUGGACGUUUCCGGUUCCGAGGAAGUACCCGACGAAGGGUCGGAGGACAAUCUCCAGAAGGUGCCCGAACCCGAGCUUGACAAUCAGGAAGCUGUUGCGGCACUCGCCCAAACCGAGGAUACAGCGGUUGUUUCCAAAGACGUCACGCAGCAACAAGCUCUUCAGCUGGAUGACGACAAUGCUGAACUGCCUCCAUUCGUAAUAGUGCCAAAUGUUCCAGGACUUAACGUAGACGAAUCAUUACUGGACAAGCUAUUUCCACCGAUACCAGGUCUCAGAGGUCUUCCUACACCACCAGACGAUCCAGUUCAUUCCACAUCUGCGCGGAAAGCUUGGUACCGACUAACACGCAAACAAACACUGCGAGAAUUCAACAAUAGCACCGACGAUGACAAUUACGUUAGAAUAACCUGGAAACAGUCUCAUAUCAGAUCAGAAGUUAAUAAGAUUGUCGGUAGAUGGGCUACUGAGGAUCGUCUAUCCGGAAGAGGCCCAGCGGCUGCGGCCAACUUUUACUGGGAUCAAGUACCUAGCUCGGAGCCGGUAGUGAAAUCUCAUGUUCGGCGGAAGUCUUCGAUAUCUGUAUCAAUGGUUCAGCAUAGCGCCUCGAACAGUGCUACCAAUAUUCCCCCAGCAUUUAACUGGAGUUCACCAGUGGCGACCACCAACGUUUGGACCCACAAUCCCCCUUCAUCGCAGGGGGAGUCAACUACCGCGACGGUUAAAGAUAGUGCUCCAUCCCAAAUUCGGCAGCCCGACACGCCGCUGGUGUUUUCCGGUUCGUCAGUAUCAACUCCAGCAGGUAUUGUGAAGAUCGCAUCACCAGAAGGAGGAGUAUCAGGGACACAAUUGCCCCAAGGUCAUCCGGUAGAGGCGAGCACACAAGAUUCCAAUCCAGAUGGCCGGAGCGCCCUUUCCCAAGAGAUUACGCCCAACCCCGUCGACGAUGACGACGACGAUUGGGGGGACAUGGUCCAGUCUCCUGCUGUGGCGACUUUCGCUCCCAUCGAUCAAUUUCUUGACGAAUCUAGUCAGGACCCUACACCUUCGACUGUGAUCUCGACGCCCACAUCUGUUACUGCGUCACCCUUCGAGCAGGCAACGUCGAAGCAUUCAUCGCCGAUUGUGCGUCUUCAGGGGACAGUAUCGCCGACAUCUGCACUUUUUAGAUAUAACAGUUUCGUUCCUAAAUCUUCAGAACAAGGGCCAAUUGGUCCAGGAAUGUUGAGGAAAGUUUCUCGGGAAAAACCACCAUCCGUGACGACCACGAACGAAGCAACGCCAGCAGGUAGAGACACCGAUGGAUCAAUCGACGGUGUCAUUCACACUUCGCUGGCUAGCGAGACCACCGCUGAGUUGGCAUCGCCCGGUUCCGGCUUCCCAACCAUUGCAACGACAGUGGAGUAUCAUCAAGCAAACGCAGACUCGUCUCCCGUCGACAAUCAAGAGCUACCCACAAAAGCUCCCGAGUCUAUCAGUGACCCAUGGAGCAAUGCUGAUUUCUCCUUCUUCGAAUCGGCUCCUCCGCCGCAGCCUCCCCAAGCGCCAACCGACCCGUCGGAUCCGUUUUCCAUCUUCAACAGUUCACCACCUGUACCAUACACGCGCCCACCAACGAAAUCACUUACUCCGCCACCGCUUCAACCCCUGACCGGUGCUACAAACUCCGCACAAAGGCGGAAAGCAGAAGAGGACGAAAUCAUUCGGUCCAUCGUGCAGGGUCUACCCAAUCUCAGCUACAUGCUGCAUAAUUGAGAGUUAUUUAUUCUUCAGGAGUACGGGGUUUUGGAACACCAAAAGGUGCCUCCGCAGUACGUUGGUUGUAGCUGGCAUUUUUGUUUUCGCAUACUUGAACGGCGUUACUUCAAGAAUUUUAGGCAUUUUUGUAUUGCAUAAGAUAUCUUCGACUUUUUUCAAUUAUGAUUUGCAUAUUCAGUUUCUAGUCAAUGGGACAUGUGCACUCUACCAUCCAUACUACCAGAGCGCAUACAAUGGCCUAUAAGUACAUACCUCGAUUACCGAGACGAUCGUAGUUCAUCUUUCAGAAGUCUAAAAUUAAAGUAUGCAG